AUCAAAACAGUUCCUUCCUUUUUCGUUCGAUUGUGAUGAAAUUGCAAAAAAUUGCUUGAUUAUUGCCCCAAACAACAAACUAUGAAAUGUAAAAAUAUCGACCGGAUAUUAUUAGUGUAAGUUUGCAGUGGUUUCAACAUUGAUUACAUCAGCGGUACGGCCAAACGAAAAAAAAAAACACGUCAGAAGAUGAAAAAGCUAUCCGGAACGUUCCGGAAUACCCAAUGGGAUCCGUACCUGUUGAUAGCGCAAAUCGUGGCCAUGCAGGCCCUUCUCUACGUCAGUCUCGGCACCUUCAUGUUCGUGAUGGAUCUGUUUGCCGAGGCCAAUCAUACCCUGGACCAUCUCUUUGAGUAUCACGAAAUUCACGUCACCGACAUAGGAGGACGGUUGGUAAUAUUCGCGUUCGUGCUCAAUUCCCUCAUCGGUUCGGGGCUGCUGUGGUUCAUCGUGCGGCGCACCAAGCUCUGUUUGGAUUUCAGCGUUACGUUUCACUUCAUCCAUCUAGUGAUCUGCUGGUGGUACAACAGUGCGUUCCCCUCCACCAUCAGCUGGUGGUUGCUGAAUGCCGUCUGUACGGCACUGAUGUGCGUGUGUGGCGAGUUCCUGUGUUUGAAAACGGAAUUGCGCGAGAUUCCGGUCGGCUACUCGGCCUUGAACAACAAGGUUGACCUGUAGGAGGCUUGGCUGGGGCUGUUGGUGUGGUUGAGGACCAUUCCCUGUGGAAUUGGAUGAGUGGGAUGUGAGUUUAGAGAGAGAUAGAGAGACAUUUUGUUGUGAGACUGUAUGUGGAUGAUUUAUGUGUGAUUUAUGUAUCCUGUAAAUAACAUUUCGAAAAGAGUCAAUGCUUUUCAGUUUGAAUUGAACUGAAAUGUUCGCCGACGUGUAGAUUAAUAGAACCUAUCUCAUCUGUUAUAGCGGUCGUUCAAAGGAAAAGAUUUUAAUUUAUGUUCGCUGCUUUUGCUUUAAUAAUACAACAAUUCAAU